CCAGAUCCAUCUGUCUGAUCCCGCCGCAGCUCGCGACAUCGCGAUCCGCUUUCCGGAGGGAAGAAAGAAGGACAGGAUCAGAAAUUCAGAAUCCGGACUGAAGCUGAAGUGGUGGUGAUCCACCACUAACAUCCUCCCGCACAAACAAACAGAAGCUAAACCCCAGCCAAUUCGGUUGAGCUCUCGCGCCACGCCUCACCUCACCCCGUCAGCACCCACCUCGCGCCGCCCGCUCGCGUGACUGAGCAGUACAAAGUUCUGGGGAACUUCUGACAUCCAGCCACCUACUAAACCAGCCCCAGCUCCGGCGGCCAAGUCAAAAUCCAGGUCGGAAUGGCGGAGGGAGACGGCGGGGAGAGGAGAAGGGGGAGGAGGAGGUGGCUGCCGGCGGCGUGCAUCCCGCGGCCGGGGUGCUUCACGGUGUCCGCCGACGACGAGGGGCCAUCGGGCUCCGGCGCCGAAGAGGAGGGGAGCAGGCCGGCGCCCACGCAUCUUGUCGUCACGGUCAAUGGGAUCGUCGGCAGUGCAGAUGAUUGGGUUUACGCAGCAAAACAUUUCAUCAAAAAACACCCCGAGGAUGUUGUAGUUCACUGCAGUGGAUGCAACUCAGCAACUCGAACUUUUCAUGGUGUUGAUGUGAUGGGAAGGAGAUUAGCAGACGAGGUGAUUUCAGUUGUUAAAUGUAGACCAGAACUUAAGAAGAUCUCCUUUGUUGCACACUCAUUGGGUGGAUUGAUUGCAAGAUACGCCAUUGCAUUACUAUAUGAGAAUGAAACUGCUACACAAACUGAUUGUAAUGAAGAGUGUGAAAAGGAUGUCAAUGAUGCUCGUAGGAAUCAACCGGCGGAUCGAGGCAAGAUUGCUGGUUUGGAGCCCAUGAACUUUAUAACUUUUGCAACACCACACCUUGGCACGAGAUCACACAAGCAGAUGCCCCUUCUUCGCGGUUCCUAUAGAUUGGAAAAGAUGGCUUUCCGUAUGUCUUGGCUUGCUGGGAGAAGUGGAAAACAUCUGUUUCUGAAGGAUAUUGAAGAGGAGAAGCCACCUUUACUUCUUCAAAUGGUCACUGAUUACGGAGAUCUUCAUUUCAUAUCAGCUCUUCGUUCUUUCAAGCGCCGUGUUGCUUACUCAAAUGUUUGUGGCGAUUUCAUUGUUGGCUGGAGGACAUCUUCAAUACGCCGUCAACAUGAACUUCCGAAAAAACAAGAUUUUGUGGAUGAUAGUAAAUAUCCACAUGUUGUAUAUGUGGAAAAACCAAAGGCUCAGGAUGUUGAUUUUUCGGAUGCCAUGGUUUAUCAAGCAAAAACAACAAGUGAAAUGGAAGAAGUGAUGCUCAAGAGCCUGAAUAGAAUUCCUUGGGAAAGGGUAGAUGUUAGCUUCAAGAAAAGUAGACAAAAGAUUUUUGCUCAUAGCACCAUUCAGGUUAAGACCUAUUUCUUGAAUUCAGAUGGGGCUGACGUGAUUUUCCACAUGAUUGACCAUUUUAUUUAUUGACAUGGAGCUGAGGCGGUGCAGAUUUCUCUUCUGUUUGGAGAUUCAGUUUCAGUUGAAUAGGAUAAAGAACAAAAUGUUUUUUCCUCAUUCCUAGUUUUGAAGGCAGGAUUAGAGAGAGAUAUACUACUACAGUGGAACAAGUAGAAGUGUAGAACCCAUGGUAAAUGAGUGCUGGGUCUGCAUUUGCUUACUGUAACCUUCUGAGGCUCGUAGGUUCUUUUCUCAUUUCCAUGCUUCAUGCUUCAGUAGGUCAGUGUGCAUGCAUGCAUGCACGCAUGUAAUGGACCACAAUCUGUUGUUGAUCAGUACAGUAUACUAAUAAAAUUCUGUUGCAUCU